AUGGCGUUUCUGGGUAUACAGGAGGACCUUGAUCCGCUGCAGCAAGACACGGCAGCAGACCAAGCAGCAGCAGCAGCAGAAUCAGCAUCAGCAUCAGCAGCAGCAGAAGCAGCAGCAGCAGCAGCAGCAGCAGCAGCAAUCUCGUGGUCCCUUGAAGACAUUGAGUCUCCUAGUGAUUUGGAUAUUCCCUCUAGACGUUUUAUCCUCAGCAGCAGGCGCAGCAGCAGCCGCAGCAGCAGCAGCAGCAACAGCAGCAGCAGCAGCAGCAGCAGCAGCAGCAGCAAGGCUAUAAGAGGAUUUGUUAUUAGUAUAGUAGGGGCAGUAAUAGCUCUUAUAUUAGCAACACAUUUAUGUUGGAUAAAAAAUAGGAGCAGCAGCAGCAGCAGCAGGAGAAGAUUAGCAGCAAGAACUUCUCCUGCUGCUGCUGGUGCAGCAACAGGAUUCGAUAGUACUACUACUACUGCAGCAGCAGCAGCAGCAGCAGCAGCAGCAGCAGCAGGAAGCCCAGAGAGUCCAUUCAAUCUUUGUUCUUUUGUAGAUAGUAUUGCUUCCCCUUUUGAAUUAACAUCACCAGUAACAGCAGCAGCAGCAGCAGCUGCUGCUGCUGCAGCAGGUGCAACUGGAGAAGGAGGAGUAGCAGCAGCAGCAGCAGCAGCAGAAGAUGGAGAAGCAGCAGAUCUGCUGCAGCUGCAGAUGCUGCUGCACGGCCCUGACUUUGUUGCUGCUGAUGAUGUAUGGCAAGGAGGAAUUCUAUCACAAAUACAACCUUUUAUUGAUGAGGGAGCAGCAGCAGCAGCAGCAGCAGCAGCAGCAGCAGCAGCAGCAGAUGAUGAACAAGCAGGAGGAGGAGGAGGAGGAGCAGCAGCAGCAGCAGAGGAGGAGGAAGGAAGCAUAGUCUUUGACGACGAAGAUAUUCUUGAUUUGCUUGCCGGCAGCAGCAGCAGCAGCAGCCAGCUGCUGCCUUUACCUCCUCCUGCAGCAGCAGCAAUAGCAGCAGCAGCACCAGCAGCAGGAGACACUUCUCUUUUGUAUCCAAGUGUCUCCAUUCAGCAGCAAAACUUCCAGCCCUUCCAUGCACCUGCUGCUGCUGCUGCUGCUGCUGCUGCUGCAGAUGCGCCUGCUGCUGCACCUGUUGCUGUUUUACCUCAUGCUGCUGCUGCUGCUGCUGCUGUAUCUUCUGUUGGUACGUUUGAUGGUGACCUGAUUAUGCUGCCAGCAGCAGAUGCAGCAGCAGCAGCAGAUGCAGCAGCAGCAGCAGAUGCAGCAGCAGCAGCAGAUGCAGCAGCAGAUGCAGCAGCAGAUGCAGAUGCAGCAGCAGGAGGAGAUUCUUCUUCAUCCCUUGCUGAUUUAGAAGAUAUGUUAGCAGCAGCAGCAGCAGCAGCAACAGGAGCAGCAGGAGCAGCAGCAGAUGGCGACGAUGACCCCUUAGCUGCUCUCUUGUUAGUAGGAAGCAUUAAUCCACUGUCAGCAGCAGCAGCAGCAGCAGCAGCAAGACCUUCUGUUGUUACAUCCCCUCCUGGUAUGUGGUUUGGUGAUCUAGGCUUUAUAGGAUCAGCAGGAAAUCCUGCUGCUCCUGCUGCUGCUGCUGCUGCACCUGCUGCUGCUGCUGCACCUGCACCUGCUGCUGCACCUGUUGCUGCUGCUGCUGCUGCUGUACCUAUUGCAUCUACCCCUCGCUUUUCUUACGUCGAUUUGUUUCCUCCUGCUGCUGCUGACGGCAUGUGGGGACAGAAUAUGGGGCAGUUGCUGCCAACAGCAAGAGGUUGGAUAUGGGGACCAGGGCCCGUGCUGCUGCAGCAAGGCCUUCCUGCUGCGAUGCAAGUAGGCCCUGCAGCACCAGCAAUAACAGCAGCAAGAGCACCAACACCAGCAGCAGCAGCAACAACAACAGCAGCAGCAGCAGCAACAGCAGCAGCAGCAGCAGCAGCAGCAGCAGAAGAAGAAGAAGAAGACGAUCUAUCUGCUCGAAGUUUUCAAGUUUCUUUUUGUGAUGACAUGGAGGCAGAUGUCUCACCAAUAACAGAUACAGAGGGUCCAAUGCAGCAGCAGCAGCAGCAGCAGCAGCAGCAGCAGCAGCAGCAGCAGCAGCAGCAGCAGCAGCAGCAGCAACUUCAGAAACAACAACAGCAGCAGCACUUCCAAUUGCAGCAGCAGCAGCAUCACCUCCACCUGCAGCACCAGCAGCAGCUGAAGAUGCACUUUCAGCAUCAGCCACUGCAGCAGAAGCAGCAGCAGCAGCAGCAGCAGCAGCAGCAGCUUCAGCUGCAGCAGCAACAUCAGCAGCAGCAAAACCAACGACAUCAGCCGCAGCUGGUUCUGCUGCCGCAACAGCAUCCGCUGCUGCUGCAGCAACUUCAGCAUCACCCACUGCAGCAGCCGAUGCCGCAGCAGCUAUUGCUGCAUCAACCGCAGCAGCAGCAGCAACAACAGCAGCAGCAUCUAUUGCUCCAUCAACCACCGCUGCAGCAGCAGCAGCUAUUGCUUCAGCAACCUCAGCAGCAGGUGGUGCAACCGCAACAGCUGCAGCACCUGCACCUGCAGCAGCAGCAGCAGCAACAGCAACAACAACAGCAGCAGCAGCAGCAGCAGCAGCAGCAAGGAAGGGGCAGCAAAUGUUUGGUGACGAUGACGAGGAAGGAGCAGCAGCAGCAGCAGCAGCAGCAGCACCAGCAGCACCAGCAGCAGCACCAGCACCAGGGGAUGGGACAGCAGCAGCAGCAGCAGCAGCAGCAGCAAGUACAGGGAGAGAGGUUAACAAUGCAGUAUCUGCAACAGCAAAUGGAACUGCAGCAGCAGCAACAACAGCAGCAACAACAGCAACAGCAGCAACAGCAACUUCAGCAUCUGCAACUGCGUCAGCAGCAACUGCAGCAUCAGCAGCAGCAACAACAGCAACUGCAGCAGCAGCAGCAGCAAGGGACAGACGAAGUAAUUGUUAUAGAUGAUGAUGAUGAUCAUCCAACAGAGCAUCUGCUGCAGGGUCAAGGAAAUAAUGGCAUGUAUAAUGGUUAUGCAUUAACAGCAGCAGAUACAGCAGCAGCAGCAGCAGCAGCAGCACCAGCAGCAACAUAUACAACAGCAGCAGACACAGCAGCAACAAACACAGGUUUAGUACUAUCGCAUGCAUAUCCAUCUACAUCUACAGCAGCAGCAGCAGCAGCAGCACCAGCACUGGAGACAUUACCAGCAGCAGCAACAGCAGCAGCAGCAGCAGGAGCAGCAGCAGCAACAGCAGCAGAAGAGGAUAAGCAAGAAAAAUCCCUAGUAAUAAAGAAAGAAAAAGAUUCAGAAUUAGCAGGACCAUCAACAACAUCAUCAUCAGCAGCAGGAGGAGCAGCAGGAGCAGCAGCAGGUGCAGCAGCAGGUGCAGCAGGAGAAGCAGCAGCAGCAGCAGCAACAAGAGUAUUUGAUCCUGAAUUAGGACCUAUAUUAGUGAAUUUAUCCUUUGAUUCCCUUGGAU